UUGAGCUACUGUGUUAAUUACUCUAUGGUGAUUUUAAAAAAGGUCCUUUCCUUUUCGUAGGUUACCGUCCGCGAAGUAACCCAUUCCUGGAUUGUUAUUAAAAUAUUAAAAUGGGCUUCGUGAAAGUCGUGAAAAAUAAACAAUACUUUAAGCGUUACCAAGUCAAGUUCAAGAGGCGCCGUGAAGGUAAAACUGACUAUUAUGCACGAAAACGCCUUGUCGUCCAGGACAAGAAUAAAUACAAUACACCCAAAUAUCGUCUUAUAGUCCGUCUCUCAAACAAGGAUGUGACAUGCCAAGUUGCAUACUCGCGGAUUGAAGGGGACCACAUUGUUUGUGCAGCUUACUCACAUGAAUUACCUCAGUAUGGUAUCAAAGUGGGCUUAACCAACUAUGCAGCGGCAUAUUGCACUGGUCUCCUUCUUGCCAGGCGCUUGUUACAAAGACUAGGUCUGGACACCUUAUAUGCAGGAGCCACUGAAGUCACUGGCGAUGAAUUUAAUGUGGAACCCGUAGACAAUGGACCUGGUGCAUUCAGAUGUUACUUAGAUGUUGGUCUGGCUCGCACAACAACUGGUGCCAGAGUGUUUGGAGCUAUGAAGGGUGCUGUGGAUGGUGGCCUCAAUGUCCCUCAUUCCAUCAAGAGAUUCCCUGGUUAUGAUGCAGAGGCAAAGAAAUUCAAUGCUGAAGUACACAGGGCUCACAUCUUUGGUCUUCAUGUAGCAGAGUACAUGCGUAAUCUAGAACAAGAGGAUGAAGAUUCUUUCAAGAGACAGUUCGGCAAAUAUAUCAAACUUGGUGUUACUGCUGAUUCUAUUGAAGGUCUAUACAAAAAAGCCCAUGAAGCAAUCCGUGCUGACCCAUCCCACAAGAAGAAGGAAGCCAAGAAGGAUCCAGCUAAACAGAAACGUUGGAACAAACGUAAGCUUACCCUGGCUGAGAGGAAGAACAGGAUUAAGCAGAAAAAGGAGUCUUUCAUCAAAAGAUUACAAGCAGAAGCUUAAAGGCUUUCAAAAAUAAAAGCCAUUUAUUUAAAUAA